AUGAAAAUCUUUUUAUUUGUGAUUGGGAUUAUGUGUAGGAGAAUAAAUCUGGAGCCUAAGGGAACCUUUACAUUUAGAGAUAAGGUUGCAUCUGGUGCUCCAUAUAGUCUAAGCUUUCAGGCAUCACGAGGGGACAAAGGCUCGCAAAAGUCACUGAUAACUGUGCUUGAUCCAACAGGAAAACAAAUGGUGGCAAGUAAGGAUCCAUAUUCUGUGUAUCACUUCAGGAUGAAGCAUGCAGGCGAAGUUACUGUGUCUGUCAAAAACAACAGUUCAAAAGAAAUGCCAUUUGUAUACAGGCGCAUUGAGCAUAUCAACCAGACUCAAAAUAAUUCUGGGCCAAUAAACAAUGAAUUGGUUUCGGAGCUACAGAAUGUUUUGGAGACAAUUAUACAAACACAACGAGCUCAUAUAAAAAAGCAUGAAGAGCAUGGAAUGAUGGUGGCUAAGUCAAGAAGACGCAUCACACUGCUGCUGGUAUUUGAAACUGUAUUUUUCACAAGUGUACUGCUAUUUUUGCAUAAGAGAAUGCUCAAGAUGUUUGAAAGCAAAAGAGAUGUUUAA